CCUGGCCCAAAAGGUGAAAAGGGUGAUCAAGGAGACCAGGGGCCACGGAUGGCGUUUCCUUACCCAAGAGUCAAUCAUGGGUUCCUGUCGGCUGAUCAGCAGUUUAUUAAGCGACGUCUCAUGAAGGGUGAUCAAGGUCAAGCUGGGCCACCUGGCCCACCGGGACCUCCUGGUCCUCCAGGCCCACGUGGUCCUCCAGGUGACACAGGAAAGGAUGGUCCUCGGGGAAUGCCUGGAGCACCUGGGGAAAUUGGGCCAAGAGGUGAAACUGGAUUCAUGGGACCCCAGGGACCAUCAGGACAAAAGGGUUCAAUAGGAGCCACUGGUGUUCCAGGCUUCCACGGACAAAAGGGUGAUUCUGGGAAGGAUGGUGAUCCAGGCCCCAAGGGUGAGAUUGGAGAUCGUGGCGAAAAGGGUGAUGUUGGGAAACCAGGACUAAAAGGUGACAAAGGAGUAAAGGGUGACCCUGGAUCAUCGGCUGCUGGAAUUAAGGGUGAACCAGGUCAACCUGGGCAUCAGGGACAAAAGGGUGAACCAGGCCUUCCUGGGCUUCCUGGACUCCCUGGGAUAAAGGGUGAACCAGGAUUUUGGGGACCUCAGGGAGAACCCGGGCUGCCUGGGUUACCAGGAACAAAGGGAGAGAAAGGAGAUGGAGGGCCACCAGGAAGAGGUGAAAUAGGCCAGCCUGGACCUUCAGGCACAAAGGGGGAGCCAGGUGAACUUGGGAUGCCAGGCCGUUAUGGAGCAAAGGGUGACCGCGGAGACCCUGGGGAUUCAGGGCCAAUGGGACCCAGAGGGCCACCUGGGCAGAAAGGAGAACAAGGGGUAACUGAGAUAAUAGACUACAAUGGCAAUAUCCAUCAAGCACUCCAGAGGAUCACCACCUUAACAGUGACGGGACCACCAGGGCCUCAAGGAUCUCCAGGAAUGCCAGGACCAAAGGGAGACACCGGUAAUCCUGGGCUUCCGGGAGCUGAGGGAAGACAGGGUCCUAAAGGUUCAAAAGGUGACAUUGGUGUUGCAGGAGAUAAAGGAAGCAUUGGUUUACCUGGAUUACCUGGUGUUCAUGGAGAAAAGGGAGAGAAAGGAGAGAAAGGAGACCAUGGGCCAUCUGGUCCAAAAGGCGCUUCAAUUGUAGGACCCCCAGGACCCACUGGCUCACAAGGCCCACCGGGUCCAAUGGGGCCACACGGACUUCCAGGACCUAAGGGUGAACCGGGGUUGAAUGGUGUUAAAGGAGGGAAGGGUGAACCAGGUCAAAAAGGUGACAGAGGACCCCUUGGUCUCCCAGGUGCAUCUGGCUUAGAUGGACAGCCAGGACUGCGGGGUCUCGAUGGUCCAAUGGGUCCUGCAGGGCCUGCUGGCCCAAAGGGAGAUAGGGGUGACAAAGGUGCAGUUGGUAACCCAGGCCCAAGGGGACCCACAGGUUUGCCCGGAAUUGAUGGAGAUCCAGGGUUAGAUGGUUUCUCUGGUCCUAAAGGAGAUAGAGGAGAAAGGGGAGAAAAGGGGGAAAAGGGAAAGAAAGGCAAAAAAGGGCCAAAGGGGGAGAAAGGAGAACAGGGUGCUCCUGGAUUAGAUGCACCUUGCCCAUUGGGCCCAGAUGGAUUGCCGAUGCCAGGAUGUUGGCAGAAGUGAUAUGUCUAACACGAAAGCAUGAAGUUUGUAUAUAAUGCUCCAUAUUUUGUAUUUAUAUAGUUGUAACUGUUUAAAAAAAUCAAGAACAUGUUCACACAUAGCUGCUUCUACUUCUUUAUAGUAAGAAGUUACAUACUUAUUAUACAUUGACUGAUAGAACAGUUCUGUCAGAGACUCAUAGCGUUAAAAUUGAACAAUGUAAAAAUGUUGUUUGCAUGAGCUCCCUGUGAGCUCUGUCUCAGUUUGUGUAUUUUGCAUGGACAUGAGUCAUUGAUGCAUAUCUGGAUCAAGUUCUGUCAUGUAAUUGUGACCAAAUAGACUAAAAUAGAUCAAUAUGUGGAAUGUCCCUAGAAGCUGUCAUUGCCAAUAACUGACUUUGCUUACAAACUCCUUCUAAAGUUCCAUUCGCCGAUUUGUUGCUGUUUUGUCAGUUCAAAAGAGAAAUGCAUGAAGUCUUUGACCAGUGCUGGAUGUGUGACCACUUUAUCAUUUCAAACACUAACAUUGUGUGCAGCGAGACCCUCUGAACUUUCUUUCUCUUUCCUCAUCUCAAGGGAGGAAACCCCUGGCUCAUUGCUAGAAAGAAAUAAAAAAAAAUGCACAGGAAAAGGGGUUUUGAAUUUGCAAAAAAAAAGGCAGUCAUUCAACAUCCUGUCUUGUGGAUCAAAUGACCACAGCAACCUAAGUAUAUUUUUGUUUUCUGCGUGUCAACUCCAGCGAAUGGUAAAGUGAUGGAAUUAACAGUUUGGUGCUCUAAGGAUCAGCUUUGGCGAAGACGUAGCCAGCGAGCACUGACUGUUUUCAUUAUAUGGCUACAAUGUGGAACAUUUUUCAUUCAGAGGAUUUGGAAGAACCAGGUGGUUUAUGAGGAUUGCACACAGGAACGAGAAACUCUUCUCCAUGGUGUGAAGAGAUGUUAACCCUGAAUGAAGUGGAAAGGAAAUGGCCUUUGACAGAGACUGGGCAUUAGCACCCAAACAACAUUCACCCAAAAUGGGACUUGUAAACCAGCUCUAGUGGAGAUUUUGGAGUUGAGUUUGAAUGGGAGGAUUCAUAUCCUACAGUUAAGGCAUCUUGUAAAAGACUAUGUUGCUGUUACAAACAGUAGAGAGAUACUGAAGGUGUUUUGCAUGACAAUUAGAAGAUUCUAUUAAGAAAGAGCAAGGGUGCUUGGACUUAUAUGGAAAGAUAUCUGAAGCAUAUGCCCAGAAGCUUUCAUUUGUUGCAUCAACGCACAAAAACCUUUUGUGCCUGAAUUACUCGCUGUGGAUUCACGACUUUCGACAUUCAUUUUCCAUAUUGUAAAUAUAUAUGCCCAGUGUUAUAUAUAAAAACAUAUAAAUGGUUUCCAUUUGAGGCAUUUUAUGGUAAUCUACUAAUUAUUGUAGUGUGUUCUAUAUUUUAUUGUCUUUUCCAUUCAGUUGCUGUGAUGUAACUUGUUGUUUGCUGCAGUUUCUCUAACUGAGACCCCCCCAUGCACUGACUGUGCAAAUGCAGGCAGGUUUAUAGCACCUUGCUGCUUUAUUUUCUUCAAGGGCAACCACAUCGACUGAGAAAGGCUUGACAUCCGUCGGCUCACUUUGUUUGGAAUAUCCUUUCAAUGGUUCUGACGUAAACAGCAUCUCACACGAUUGCCAGUGGUCUGGAUUUUGAUUAAAAAAUCUGGGUUUUUUGAGAGUCUGUAAAUUCUAAUGUGGUAGUCAGAAAAAAAAGUUCUUUUUAUUUCUUUGCAUCUACAUCUUGUCAGAAUGCAGAUACCAAACUAAAUUUUAGUUGUGUUGUAUUUACAUAGCUACUAAACUAAUUGAUUAUAACCUGUUUAAACAUAGCGCACUGGAAUGUAGUCAAUGUGCAUUACCAUUUGUACGGAAACUUCAUGGAGCAAAAUUUGGACUGUACAAUGCAGAAGAAUUAGUUACUUUUGGCAAAGAAAGCAUCAACUACGUGUUAUUAUUCUCCCCCAUUGCUUAACUUCAGGCUUGGCAUACACUAUGAUAUAUCACAAUUGUUAAUAUCAACUAUCUAAAAAAACAAAUUUUAUUUUAGAAACAUUUUUUAGUGAUCAAUCAUACCUGCACAAGUUUGAAUUGAAUGAGCUCUUUUCCUGAACUCAUAUUAGUUACUCCAUUUUUAAUUGCUCCCCCAUAAUUCAACAGAGCUUUUCAAAGUAUUAAUCUGGAAUUAUAUCAUCUACAGGUUAAACUACUUUUUCAAUAUGUUUUGUUUAUAAAUUGAAUUGAAGUGUUAAUAAUUAAUGAAUUAUAAUGUGAAAAGUGAGUAUGUAGGUUAAAUCAAUAAUAUAAUAUUGCAGCUAUAAUUUCCUAAGUACAACAACAAAAGAUUACUAUAGCUGUGGUUCCAACCUAAAAUCCCAGAGUUGUGAUUUAUGUUUAGAUGGCACAAUUGCAGACAUAAUUUGACUCAAAUAUCACCUUCAGACUCUGCAGUUUGCUGCAUUUCAGUCACACUAUAACUGGUGAUUUACUCUAUUACUCCUAUUUGAGAGGUGCAUCUUUCAGACUCAAAUGUUGCACAGCACUAGCACUGUAUAAUACCGUACAUCCGUAGAGACUGACUUACACAAGACGUUCCACUCAUCUAACUCAGAGUUGUGUGGAUCACUCUCUAUUGAAUAUAAUCAGCAUUUGUUCCUCACCGAUCCUUGCUAAAAAGGUACAUUUUGUUUUAACCCUAAUUCCUUCAUUUUUGAGAAAAGACUUGAGUAAUGUAUUAAUUGAGUCAUUUUAAUGUUUAUUCCAACAAAAGGAUCGAGACCUUGCAGCCUACUUCAGUGUACUUUGCUUUAAUGUGAAAUAGGCAAAAUUGAGGCAACUGUACAUUUUUUAAUGCUAAGACCAAGACCUUAUAUACUUGCCAAAAUCACAAUGCUGCUUUAGUUGAGCAUGGUUUAUUAUUUGAUAUGCGCUGAGCAUAAAUUGUGUAUCUUUUAUGUAUGAAAUGUUAGUAACAUUUUAUUUUCUAACUUUAACCAUUCCGCAUGUUCCUAAAACAGUUUUGUUCUAAGAUGCACAGUAAUUACAAUGGUUCAUCAAACCAGCAUUUUUUAAGUGUCAAAUGAAGGGAAUAUUUUAUGCAAGCUUCCUUGUUUUAAAUAUAUAUAUAUUUAUACAUACUUAGUUGUUGUCGUGUUUAAAGGCACAAAUGCACAAUUAAACUGCAGUUCAUUAACAUUUGUACAUUUUUCAGGUUUUUCUGGUUACAAUUCAAGCUAUCUAGCUCAGAAAAUAAUGGUUUGAGGUACUUCUAGUGCAAAUACUAUUUUGUUUUGGAUUUGUUAAAGUUUUAAUUCUACUGCAUGGAGUCAUUUUGUUGCCUGUGUGCUCAGUGAAGAAUGGCGUGAAUUUUACUGGAAGUGUUACAUUUCAGUUCUUGGCACAGUUUCCUUUCACUAGUGCUGUCCAAAUUGUUUAAUUGUGAUCUUGUGGAAUAUUACCCAACCACCAGUUCUAAAAAUAUUUGGAUUUGAAAACAACAGACUUAAGGAUCCAAUGAGAAUCUAGAUUCUAGAUCCAAGCACAAUAAUGCAUGUAAUUCUCUUUUGAUAUGCCAGCAGGCAUUACAUUAUUUACCCCAGCAAAACAGAAUCAUAAAAAUUUAAACUUUUUGAAGAAGAGAAAUGGCCACACAUUGCCGAACAGAAUUUGGAGGAAUCUGUCUUCUAUUCUACGAUGGUAUUUUUUGCUUCUCUUAUUUCUAACAAGUAUUUUCCAGUUUGGUAAUCACAUAUGAUUUGAGAGAUCCUCCAAUGCCCGAUUUCACAGAGCCAUAGCAUAGUACAGCAUAGAGGGAGGCCAUUUGGCCCAUCAACUGUAGUAGAACCAUGCUUUCCCUUUUUCUCAGUCUACUUUUACUCUGAAGAUGUUGCUUUGUACUCUGACAAGUGUCAUUAUUAAUGUCAUUGUUUAUGCCAUUUGAUUUACUGUAUUUUUUAGCUUAAAGUAUCAGCUUUGUUGAACAAAAGGCAGCUCACUUUUGUCAGUUUAAAAUAUUAUCUUCCUGUUGAACAGUUAAGUUAUUGUUACUAUUCUAAUGGUUAAGUGUACACUCAAAGCAAAGGUGUAGUACAAAAAGCCUUUGAGUUGGCAGUAAUACAACAGAUCCAAAUUCAGAAUAUUGCCCUAAAGGCCUGCACGGGAUAAAGAGAAAUCAUAUCCAAAAUGCUCUCCAUUCCUUUCCACUGUUUGGCAACUCACUCAUUUUGUUUAACCUGUCCUAACAAUUGUCAUCGAAUUGUUUAGAAAAAACAUACACUGUGAAUAUUGAUUGACAACUGUUAAUUGUGACAAGCUUUCGAAUGUAAACAAUUGCACCACAUCUUUCUAAAGAAACCUACUGACUGCGGAAUUCCAUCCUCCUUAAUAUAACGAAAGCAAGUUCACUGGACACAAGAAUGCUCCAAUACCCAGCUUCUUAGGCUUCUGAUUUCAAACAGACUUCUUCAGUAUUAUAAACUUUGUUGACAAAAGUUACAAUUUGUAGUUACAUGAGUUUCACUCCAUCAUUAAAUAAUGGUUUCAUUAGGAUUGUUUAAUCUGAAAAUGUGCAGAGUAUAGAAGAUAAACAUGGAGAUAGGGUUCAGCCAUUUUGUACCUUGGGCCUCUCCUCUAUUCAAAGAGAUCUUGUAAUAUCUGAUCUAAAUUCAUUUCCCUGCAUUUGUCCCAUAUCCACAAUAUCUUUUGAUAAUAAAACAUUAUCAUUAGUUUAAAGUUAAUUGUUGUGUACGGUACCAUCGAUUGCCCACUAUAGUGAGAAUUUCUGACCUCUGGCACUAUUUGUGUGAACAAAUGUGGCAAUGACUGAGACAGGCCGAAGGUGAUGCUGGUGGUUUGGGAAAUCUUGGCAUCUUUAGAAUCAUUGCCAAAUGUCCCUAAUUUCAAAAGAGGCAGUAAAAGGCUGCAAUUCUGAAGCCCAGCAUUUAUUCAGAUUUGCUCGCACUUCUUGGUCCACUGCCCAACUAAACAGGCAGCCUGGACAGUCCAAGGGAGGCAACAUCUUUGUGGCAGUCCCCUCACCGAGCUGUAUUGUUCGUGUGCCUUUUGAUAACCACAGAGGAGAAUUUCUAAAUUUACCACGGUUGUAUUAAUAACUUAGCAAACUUUGGGAAAGAUUUGUUCAGAAACAGCUCUCUGGUCCACAUUCGAUUUAUAUUUGGGAUGGAUCACAUUAGACUGAGAAUCUUUUGUGCUUAUGCAUUAACACUUCCAAUUUGUACAGCAGAAAUGGAUUAUUAAUACUGGCAUGUACUCUAAAAAAAGGAGCAGAUUUACAAUUACAACAUUUAAAAGGCAUCUGGAUGGGUAUAUGAAUAGGAAGAGUUUAAUAGAACAUAGAACAAUACAGCGCAGAACAGACCCUUCGGCCCUUGAUGUUGGGCUGACUGUGAACUAAUCUAAGCCCCUCCCCCAGAGAGAAGGGCAAAAUGCUGGCAAAUGGGACGAGAUCAGAUUUAGAUAUCUGGUCAGCAAGGACGAAUUGGACUGAUGGGUUGGUUUCCGCGUUGUAUGACUCUGUGAUUCUAUUUGUAUUAUGCAAAGUGAUCAAGGAAUCAAUUAGAAAGACAGUCUGACAUAUCUCCGAAGGGGGUAGGAGUUGAACUGGCUCAGAGAUAAGGACACCAUCACUGUGCCACAAAACCACUUCCUAAACAGUCAGUGCUAAACAAUAUAUUCAAAUGUGAAUAUUCAAAGAAGCAAAAGCACGACUGUUUUUGAGAAAAAAGUCCAAUCCAACCAAGAAAUCUUUAUCUCUUAACUGUUUGACCACAACAUCCAGCAGUAUUAUGAAUCUCCCAGAAGUUUUCCUUUCCACUACACUGUGAGGUAGGCUGUUUGAGUGAAGCAAUGCUUUUUAAUGGCUAGCUUAACUUCACCUUCAACCUUAUUUUUGGCUAGAGACCUACUUUGUUGCAUGCUUUGAAUUAUGGAUUCACACCAUCCAUAUCAUUUAAUCUUUCAUACGUCAAUAGCACCCUUUUUAUUCUUUUUCUUUCUAAAACAUUAAGUGCAAAUGCCUCACCCUUUCAAUUUUGAAGCUUUUUUCCCAGUGAAUGGUGCUGUGACCAGAGAUACAUAGGUGCUAGAAGAAUGGACUUACCACUGAACAGUAAACUGGCAACAUCUCAGGCUUUGCAUUAUCCUAUCCCAUUCUGUUUCCCUUCAUUUUAAAAGUGAACAGACUGUUACUUCUAGAACCAGGAUUUUCUCCCCCAAUGCAGCUGUGCAGAAUUGAUGAAACUCCCAAUUUGCUGCACAUGCUUCAGGGUAAAAAGUACCUCAGAUUGAUGCAGACACAGAUCAGAGGUCAUGGGGCUACAAGAGUCCAAGUCGGUACCUAGGCCUGCCUCAAUUUUCAGUAACUUGACCACAGUUGUUUUCUUGAUAAUUAUCCCUCACACCUCCGCACUCAUUUCCUGUGCCUAUGCAUGCCACCUUGUGACAGCUUAUUUCUAUUUCAUUCCAACUCAUAGUCCCUUACAGCCCAUGUGUAAAAUUAUCGCCAACUCAUGCCUCCUCAUCGCCCCACCCACUUUUUGUACUUAUGGCCCUUAUUCUAACUUAAAAUUAACCUGUACCCCAUUCCAAUGGCCUUUGACCUUUACAUGUUCUAUGCCAAUUCAAACAGUAUACACCAAGGAAACACCUCGGGAGUAAUGUUUGGAUUAAAUCAAAUAAAACUUUAAUGAUCUAUUAUAAAAUUCAUUGUACAAGAAAAAUUUUCAGGAGCAAAAACUGUACAUAAAUCUCCUUAUUUUCUUAUAAAAGCAAACAUUUGUAUACAUAACCAUUAUCAGAAAUACUAAUCCUUUAAUAACCUCUGAUGUGUCGAUCAAUGCAGUUCUUCCCCACACCCCACUCCAGCCUACCACUGUCAUCAUAACACUCAAGCAUUCCCUUCCCAUGCCAAAUAAAUUGGGAUCUGUUGCAAUUUUGGGCAGAAAUUCUGGAUCUGGAUCUCAUUACUAUUUUUAAUUUUCCCCAAAGUCUGGCCCUAGGUGCUUUCUAAAUCUCCAUUCAGUUCCAUUGAUUAUAUACUUAUGUUACAGAUAUUAUGAACAAUCUGCUUCUUGGCUUCUCCAAAAAUUGAAAAAUGUCUAAAGAAGCUAGUAAAAUUAAUGUCACCAUCCUAGCUUACUACAUACUGGAGACAAGUGUGAUAGCAGUGUCUCAUUGCUUGUACUAUGCUUUUGCAGGAAAUCAAUCAUUUUGCACCAAUGAAGAAAAUACGAUGCCAUCAAAUGCUUUGUUUCAGUUUAAUGUCGUUUGAUGGAGCAUUUAAUUUGUUUAUUGUUAAAUAUAAUUUGGCUUGACUUUUAUUGGUCUUCAUUUUCUCUACAUCUAAAAUGUUUUCCACAGUUAAUAUAUUUCAAAAGGUGUGUCUUUUGAAUGUUACCGGAAAUACUGUCAGUUUGUAAUUUCAAAGAAAGUUGCUGUGUUCUUUCCUGCUUUGGGUGAAAUAGAAUAGAGUUGUUGUUUAUUUGAAUGUGGCAAAAACAGAGCCAAAAAGUACAAGCUUGACUUUUUGGUCCUUUCAAAAGCUGAAAUAAACUUAAAGCUUUGCCCUCUCUCUCUCUAACGGUUGAUUCUGAUGACACAAGGAUUUGUGUUAUCUUGAUCUUUGUCCAUUUUUAUAUUAUUUGUUUGAACCUUUUAUAUUUCUUUUCUCAAUUUAAUUCAGUUGUGUUUUUGUAUAUUUCCAACAUGGUGUUUUGGUGUUAAGAAGUUGAGCUUCAGGUCUAUUUUUACAGGAUGCUAUUUUUGGCACAUUUUAAUGUGUAAUACUAAACUGUGUGUGACUGUUUAAUGAUACAUAUUCCAGCCAAUUUUGCAUUUCUUUACUGGCCAUUCUGUGGACUUUAUUUUAUAUAAUUUACUGCAACACACUGAAACAGGUAUGGUCUUUAGUGUUAACCCAUUGGCUGCUGCUGAUGAGUAAUUCAGUUUUUGCUGCAUCAGUUACAGAUGCAGAAAUUACAAGUGAUUAACCUUUUUGAGAAAAGUCUGGUCAGCUUGGGCACAGUUCAUUGGAAAUGGCACCAGUUUAUUCUGCCAUCAAGGAGUAGUUUAUGAUUGUGUUGAAUGACAGGAACAGGCUGCUUUAGCUCACUAUAAAACACUGUGACCACCUGGUCACUAUCAUUUGCAUGUCAAAAGUGCACAGCUAUCUGUUAAAGCACCAUAUUUGUUAAUGCUGCUUGAAUGUUUUUUAUUAAGAAUAAAACAUCAAUAAUUUUGGUGGCACUAGUACACAUAUAUGGGUGUUUCAUUCACAUGCCAAGUUCCUGAUCUUAUCAACACCUAAACGAUGACAAAGAACCAACCAGGCACACAGUUACACCUCAGGAUAAAGUGCCCUUGUAACUUCUAAUGAGCAGAAAGUAAGGCCUCUUGCCACAUUGGCUCUGGGGAGUGCAAAGCAGAAAGAAACCAGAGAAGAGAACAAAAUAGCUCAUGCAAUAAAAAGGAUUUUUACCAGUCUACCUGUAUGCCAAAUUACCUUGCUACAACUCAUUUUGUACUAUUCCUUUCUGUUCCGAGAAUCGAAUUGAAAAGGCAAGUUUUUAAGUGCCAUAUACAUGAUGCGUGUGUUAAAUUUACAUCAAUUUUAUUGCAACUGUAAUAUAAGAGGAAAUGUGGAAGUAACUUAACACUUUCAUAGGAAAUUAAAGCACUCAAGAUUUGUUCAUUUCACAUUUUAUCAGUUUGUUCAUGUGAGAAGUGUUUAUCAUCAUUAGUUAAGAAUGUGAUUUUAACAGCAGUCAAUACAGUUUCUUUUUCAUUUGUGAACCA